AUGAUUCAAUCUAAUCCUGUAAUUCAUCCAAAAAAUAAUAAUAGAAGGUUCAAAUUCGAACCUUUCUUGAGGAGAGAAUAUAAUUUUGGUACUGAUCCUGAUCGUCCAAUCUGUAGUUUCUAUAACCCAUUGGUACCGAAUUCAUGUCCUAAUGGAAAUAAUUGUCCUCAUAAGCAUGUUUCAGCCAUGUAUAAUAAUAAGAUUGUAUGUAAGCAUUGGUUAAGAGGAUUGUGUAAGAAGAACGACCACUGUGAAUUUUUACAUGAAUAUAACUUAAGAAAAAUGCCGGAAUGUUUAUUCUAUUCAAGAAAUGGUUAUUGUACCCAAACAGCUGACUGUUUAUAUUUGCAUGUGGAUCCCCAAUCUAAAAUCCCCGAGUGUCCUAAUUACCAAAGGGGGUUCUGUCCUGAAGGUCCAAAAUGUGUCAAUAGACAUAUAAGAAAAAUUAUGUGUCCUUUAUACUUAACAGGAUUCUGUCCUAAAGGGUAUGAAUGUGACUAUACUCACCCAAAAUUCGAUAACAUAACGGAUAAGAUGAGAAUAAGAGGUGAUAACGAUAAGUUGGAAACAAGAACCAUAUAUAAGAAUUAG